UCCGAGUUUGGUGUGGCUGGCAGGCCGUCCAUCCGUCAGCCAGCAGAAAAACAGACGGGGGCGAGACGCGGCCGGCGAGCCGAAAUGUCCAAACUCGAAAGUAAGUCUCCGGUGCCGCUGCUGCGUUCGCCGAGCCACGAGUCGAUCAACACGUCGCUGUCCGUGUUUUCGGUGAGUUCGACGGACCUGAAGCGGCCGCGGGGCCCGAGCCCCAACCCGGUGCUGAUCAGGGAGCCGCCGCCCUUCGAGGAGGACGCCGACCUGCUGAGGACCUGCGCGCAGCUGUCGGCAGCGCUCGGUCUGCGCCGCAGCUUCAGCGCCAGCGAGCUCAGCGACGCCGAUGGCGCCGCUGCCAGCUCGCCGCCGCGGCCCCGCAACGCCGUGUCGGAGCUGGUGCUGUGCUGCCAGCGGCACUUCGACCUCGCCAGUGCCACCAACUCGCGCCUGCAGAACGUGUCCCGGUCGUGCUCCACCUGGGUGGCCAUCGGCGAGCCGCACAGCAACCUGCCCAGUCCGCUCUCCCACGGCGCGCAACCCUUCACGCCAGCAGACCUCGUGCGCAGCGUCAACAAACGCGUCAGAAGCCACUAUUUGCACCGGCGCCUGCUAGCCACGUGUCGCGUGUUAGAGCGGAUGAGCGCGGCGGACAUGAGCAGCCCGCCCGCUGGAGUGGCUGGGUCGUCAGGGUCACUGUUGCGGGUGCCCGGCGCGGCCGACCCUGGCCGCAGGAGGAGCCGCAACCUGCCGCUGACCAUCAGGGACAUUGAGAAGGAACGAGGCAAGCCGCUGAGCAAGUACGAACGCAACGUGAUGAUUUUCAACUGGCUGCACACGCUGGAGGACGCGGUGCUCGAUCCGCUGCCCCCGCCCGCCCCCACCAACUGACACAGCGCCGACCUGACUGCCCUGGCAGAGCUCAGCAGCUGAAAGGGGCCGUGCACACGUUUGGUUGUGCCAAAAUCUGAUUAACUAAUUGUUUUUGGCCCAUUUUUUUAAAUUCUUGUUUUACUUUGAGCCCGAAAUUGGACAAAAAGUUGAUUGCGAGUAGAUAAUUUGUUGGAAAAUUGUUUUUUUCUUUAAAAAUCAAGAUUGGAGUGGCUCUUAUUCCAUUGGGAGGGUGACACAAAGUUGCGAAGGGUCAAUCGAUUUAAUAAAACAAAAAAUUUGCCUCAGAAUUGAAAUAUUCUGAUUGCUGGCUGAAAACAUAUAAGACGCUAAAAACACUAAUUUCAACUUAUUAAAGUGGAACUGUACUGAAUAAUUGUGAAAAAAUAUUUUUUUCUUGAUAAUAUUUUUUCACGCGAGGUUUGCUGCAGUGAAAAUAGAAUAACAGACUUCAUCCUCGUUGAAAUUCAGAGUUUAUUUCCACUAAUAAUUUCUUUCUUUGCCUAAAAUAUUAUCUAAAAAUUAAGAAUGGGCUCAAAUUUUGCCUGGUUGCCGUUUAAAUGUCUAAAAAAUUCAGCUACAAAGUUUGUGAGCCAAUGAAGCGGUCAGCACUGUCUCCCUCUGUAAAAUCGUGAUUAAUUUCGCCAGUUAAGUAAAUAAAAUCAAACAUUCAAGGCCAACUACGGUGUUCAAUUAGCGCUGUAAAACGAGACGAGGGAUGAGGGAGGAUGAAAAGAGGUAGGGGCUACCACCCUGAAACCUUCUACGCUCAUCAGGGGGCACUAAUAAGAGUAAUCCACUUGUUUGAGACAACAGCGCACAAUGUAUUUAAUUAUUGGUCUGGCAAUUUUAAAGACCUUUGACCUAAACUAUUUUACUGCCGAGUUUUUAGCCACUUGAUUAAUUUUCAAAUUGCAUAGAGUUUAUCUCAUCUGCUCAUCUGGUAGCCGAGAUAAUCAAAUUGAGCAUAUGUGGCGUUAUUUAAAAAAAACGUAACUUUUCGUGCCUGUCUUAGGAAAUUCUAUUAUUCUUUUAAAAAUUAAAAAUGAUAUUUGACCGAUAUACCAAAUUGAUUGCCUUUUAUCUAACACUUUGUGUCAGCUUCCGAUGGUACAGAUGGGGUUGAUACUGAAUGCUGAGUUUCGAGGAAAAGCCUGAUGAGAGGGUUCAGUUUUUUGGCAAUUUAUGACACUUGAUAUGGAAUUCCUCAGUAAAACUAACUUCCCAUUGUGGUAUUACGAAAAUGCUCGAGUGACAGCUCGAGUUAAAUUUUUGAAACUUUUGAACUGGCUCAAAAUUGUUCUCAAGGUUGGCCUUCGAUAACAUAUAUUUUACGCCGCAUUUGUCAAAUAACUGUCCAUUUUAAAAUGCUGCUAUUAUUUGCGUCAGACCAUAUGAUAUGAAGCUAGAAUUUAAAGACCUUUUCCAAAUAAAUAAAUAUACUUGUGAAUGUCUUCAGAUGGUGUUGUUGCUGUUGU